CGACCUUUAAACGUGUACGAGGCCCCUUGUGUGGCGAAGAUCUAUGUACAGUGCAUAGCACUUUAGCCGUGUUCACUGGUAGCUAAACCGAAAGGAUUGGAAAAUAAAACAUGGCGAUGCUUAGUUUGGAUAAUCCGACAUUCGAAAGAUUUGCAUUUUACUCCGGCGUUGCGAUCGGAAAAACCUUGUUAAUGAGUGCACUGACCGUCCGCUCAAGGCUUACAAAUAAGAUUUUCAGUAAUCCAGAGGAUGUCGCGGGUUUUGGGGGUAAAGAAAUAAUCGGGGAUGAGCGUGUUGAGAGGAUAAGAAGAUGCCACCAGAAUGACAUAGAGAACGUGUUCCCCUUCGUGUUGGUGGGAUCCUUCUACGUGGCCACCAACCCCGACCCGUGGUGGGCCGCCGUGCUGUUCCGGACAUUCGUCAUUUCGCGGUGUCUCCACACCGUGUGCUAUCUGACGCCCGUCCCCCAGCCGUCUCGCUUUCUGGCCUGUAUGACGGGAUGGGGCGUCACUGCCGUCAUGGCCGCCCUCGUCAUCCGCGCUGGAAGGGUCUGAAUGAAACACUAAUUAAUCAAACCAAAGAUAAACUUUAAAAGUAUACAUGUUCACGUACUAAUAAAUGUUCGUGCAUAAUAUUCAAACUAUAUAUGUUGUAACAUUCAUGUCAGAUAAAGCUCUGUCAUGAUUUGUAAUGAAAACACUUUUUUCUUUGUUUUCAUAUACAGAAUAAAUUGUGUACAGAA